CCUCCCCCUCCCCCCCGCACUUCCGCUUCCGGCCCAGCCCCAUAGCAACCGUUGCGAGGAGGGAGUCUAGGUCUCGGGCUGGCGCCUCCUCCUGCGCGUCCCUGGCCAUGGCAGAAGUAGAGGAAACGCUAAAGAGGAUUCAGACACACAAAGGGGUGAUUGGUACUAUUGUUGUAAAUGCAGAGGGAAUUCCAAUCAGAACAACCCUAGAUAACUCUACAACAGUACAAUACGCAGGUCUUCUUCAUCAGCUCACAAUGAAAGCGAGGAGCACAGUGAGAGAUAUAGAUCCUCAGAACGAUCUAACCUUUCUUCGGAUCAGAUCAAAGAAACAUGAAAUCAUGAUAGCCCCAGAUAAGGAGUAUCUUCUGAUUGUUAUUCAGAACCCAUGUGAAUAGACUUGCCGCAACAAUAUUUUGAGACACUGAUGCAGCUGUACUUUUUAAAGUAAUAAUCCUUUAUUGAUAUUUAAUUUCAAACAUACCGCUGAGUUCUUAACGUAUGUAACUUGUCAUUGCUGAAACUUUUCCAAGCUAAUAUUCUUAGUUGUAGCUGUACUUUAACUUAUGCUUGAGCAAAACAAACAUUGUAUAUGUGGAUAAAUACUCAGAAGAGCAAUAAUAGAACAAAAUGUUUAAAAAACUUUUGUUAAUGGAUUUUCUGGCUAAUUCUUGUAACUAAAGAAUUCUCUUUACAUCACAAGUUUAAAUUUUUUUUUUAAAGCAGGAAUCACAUUUCAUGGAAAUUAGUAACUUGUGUAUGUACUUGUAACUGUGCCCAUGUAAACUCAAGAAUACAGGAUUAAAUAGUGUUACUCAUCUCAGUUCCAUUGGA